AUGAAAUAUGAACCAGAAAUCAAAAAGUCCCCACCCCACCUCCUGAAGAAAUUUGCAGUGUGUGAUAUUCCUCUGUAUGACAUUUGUGACUACAACGUCUCCAGAGACCGAUGCAAGGAGCUCGGGUGCUGCUUUUACAAAGGCGUCUGCUAUGAGAAAGCGGUUCCCAUUUACGUGCAAGUGUUCUCUGCCUUGAUCGUGAUCAUUGCCGGGGCCUUUAUCAUCACCAUUAUCUACAGAGUGGUUCGAGAGAGCAGGAAAGAAAAGGAGGCACCUUCGGAGGCUCCGCCCUCCGGCAAGACCAGUGAGAAAGACAUGGCGUCAACCAACCCUCCGUCGGAGAUGAAGACCGGCACUCCAGACACCACGAGGGCGAGCAGUGAGGCCCAGGAAGACGGGGGGACUGCAGCUGGGCACCUGCUGACGGCCUGA